AUGACUUCAAACACGUUACCAUUAUUCAACUCCCCAUGUACUUCACCCACCAUUUCUACUAAAUUCUCUGAAGGAAGCACUUUUGUAACAAAUUCAUCUACUCCUACGACGAGAAAACUUUCCCAAUAUCGAGAAUCGCUUGCUCAAUGGCGCUUUUGGCAAACUUCAAAACGUACUACUAAUGAAGAAUCGCGAAAACCCCAUGUGAGAAGUCUAUCGGAACACCAAAAGAGCUACCGGUCUCUAAGUAUAUUUCUGGACAGCGAUGAAAACUUCAAGAUCUAUCGACGCUUCGGAUAUCUUCAUUCCCGUUUACUUCUCCGUAAACAGGAUGAGAUUCGUCGACUUGAAAUGGAGCUAGACGAACUCGAUGACCUCGAUGAAGCAGAAGACGCACCCGAUAAACGGCGGGCGCGAUCUAGAAAUGCAGAUAUAGCAGCUGAGAAAAAGGAGCUCGCUGAAGAUCCAACUCUUCGGACGAGGACUAUAGUCCUAGACGAGAUAGAAGCAAAGUUAGCUGCUUAUGAUGAGCUACUACUCCGGUCUCAGCAUUUGAAUGCCAUGAACCGUCCUGCUGAUAACGAUUAUCGAAGCGUUGAGCGAUACAUUUUUGACAAAAAACCUCUCGUCGACGAGGAACAAGGAUUUAUAUACGAAAAGAAUGACCUCAUCACCUUGCGUGAGGGAAGAGAGGGAGCAUACCUCGAUACCAUGACUGAGAGGUUCCUCCAGAUCUUUCAUUGUGCAUUCUUACAAUCAAUUUUUUGCACCCCAGAAGACCGUGAAAAGACAACAGAUCCAAAUCUCCAUUUCUAUAGCAAGUCCCGAAAAAAUACAUUCGUAACAAGUCUUCUCGUACUUGUGUUACUCCUUCUUCUCAUUCUCCCAGUAUUCCUUUUGUACCGGCUCACCGAGCAUCAUAACCUGGAUAUCACAUAUACAGUUAGUAUUGGUGUACUACUCAUUUUCACACUUCUAUUUUCUGCUGUUCUGUCACUUUUUACUCAGGCCAAAAGGCACGAGAUAUUUGGCGCCGCUGCUGGAUAUUGUGCCGUAUUGGUAGUAUUUAUCAGUAAUAUUCCGAACGCUAAUUGA